AUGCCCUCUAAGACCCAAAAGUCGCUUGAGGCUCUCAUGGCCUACAUCAAGCAGUCGAAAAGCCGCCGCACUACGAUCUUGCGUGGGCAAGGUGAGCCUGGUCACCGGGCCGCCCCAGCGCGCGGGGGAAACCAUGAUGCAAGAAUCGGAAGCCGCAUUGAUAUUGGAGAAAUCGUCAAAAAAGCUGGCAAGGAGUAUCGACGGUACAAAUUCCAGCUCAAUUCGAACGCGGAAGAUUCCACGCUCAAGAGAAAGGCUGCUCAAGAUUCCCACAAAGUUUAUUCGACUGCAGAUGUGGAGAUUAAAGAGAAUAGGACCCCGGAGGAAGAAGAGCAGGCGAUGCGGGACUUCGAGGAGGAAAUGGCAAAGAACUUAAGAGAAUAG